CAUAUUUACUUAAGCACGUCAGUGACGUCAACGAUUAAACAUCGCAUAAGGUGAGUAGUAUUGAGUUUACGCGUUUUAUAUAAUUUUGCUCAAAAAAGCGUAUACAACAACAAAAACAGCAAAUCAAUUGUUCGGUAUGGAUGACCAUCUCGACAUGGAUUAUCGCGGGUACAAACUAGCGACCCCAAAUCGUCGGAAUGCAGUGAAAGAAAAGCCUUUCCCCAGUGUCGAAUUUUUAGCCUUUUUAGGGCUUCUCGUUUCUUUAGUGAUGAUUUUAGUGAAAACCUUCAGUUCCAUUGAAAAAGUUCCCGACAUCAAACUCAACCUGGAAUUAAUUCCAUUGCACGUAAUUGUUGAGAGUGGAGAAGCCGCUGUUUCAAAGUCCUGGGGCUUAAUAGUGCAGUUUCGUAGACCUCUGCAGGCCAUUGCUGCUGGCUUGCUGCUAACUUAUUGCACUUGGAUGUGCGUGUUUUUAGACUCGCAAGUCCCCGGCGUUUAUCCUCCCAGUCCUUUAUCGCCUCGCAGGGGUUCAUCGGGAAUAAGCAUGCAUUCUGGAUAUGCUUUCACUCUGAUUUUGGGCGUGCUUGCUGGCAGCUACAUAUAUUAUAAAGAUCUGUUCGGGUGAUGAAGAUAUGAGUGCGUUUAGAAACUUUCUACAAGUGUAAAGGAGUUUUUGUCGUGUUUUUUGGACACCACAGGGCAACUAUAUUUCCACCAAACCGACUAAAAUGUAUAUUCACUUAGUUUAAUGUCUGUUUGGUCUUUGUCUAUUAAAUAGGCAAAUUCGCAGACUAUGAUAAAUUGCAAAAUUGGGUCUAUAAGAAACUCCUUUCAAUUUGUGAUAGUCAAUAGUUAAUUUAUUUAUGUGUAAGAUAUUUACAGAGCCAUUGUCAAUUUUCUACUAAUAUUGUUUGUGAAUGUUAGCUCAAAGUAAAAUGUUUCACUUUUCUUAGAAUUUUAGGUUCUCUCAUUACUAUUGCCUGAUACGUGACAACAUACAUUUGUGUAUUUUCAUUAUAAAAAUUAUUAAAGCAGGUUUAUUGAUGAAA